UACCACAGAGCUAGUUGGGAUUCCCUAACUCUGUACCACAGUGAUAGUUGGGAUUCCCUAACUCAGUUUCACAGUGCUAGUUGGGAUUCCCUAACUCUGUACCACAGUGAUAGUUGGGAUUCCCUAACUCAGUACCACAGUGCUAGUUGGGAUUCCCUAACUCUGUACCACAGUGCUAGUUGGGAUUCCCUAACUCAGUACCACAGUGCUAGUUGGGAUUCCCUAACUCAGUACCACAGUGCUAGUUGGGAUUCCCUAACUCAGUACCACAGUGCUAGUUGGGAUUCCCUAACUCUGUACCACAGUGCUAGUUGGGAUUACCUAACUCAGUAUCACAGGGCUAGUUGGGAUUCCCUAACUCUGUACCACAGUGAUAGUUGGGAUUCCCUAACUCAGUACCACAGUGCUAGUUGGGAUUCCCUAACUCUGUACCACAGUGAUAGUUGGGAUUCCCUAACUCUGUACCACAGUGCUAGUUGGGAUUCCCUAACUCAGUACCACAGUGCUAGUUGGGAUUCCCUAACUCAGUACCACAGUGCUAGUUGUGAUUCCCUAAACUCAUACCACAGUGCUAGUUGGGAUUCCCUAACUCAGUACCACAGAGCUAGUUGGGAUUCCCUAACUCUGUACCACAGUGAUAGUUGGGAUUCUCUAACUCAGUAUCACAGUGCUAGUUGGGAUUCCCUAACUCUGUACCACAGUGAUAGUUGGGAUUCCCUAACUCAGUACCACAGUGCUAGUUGGGAUUCCCUAACUCUGUACCACAGUGAUAGUUGGGAUUCCCUAACUCAGUACCACAGUGCUAGUUGGGAUUCCCUAACUCUGUACCACAGUGCUAGUUGGGAUUCCCUAACUCAGUACCACAGUGCUAGUUGGGAUUCCCUAACUCAGUACCACAGGGCUAGUUGGGAUUCCCUAACUCAGUAUCACAGGGCUAGUUGGGAUUCCCUAGCUCUGUACCACAGUGAUAGUUGGGAUUCCCUAACUCAGUACCACAGUGAUCGUUGGGAUUCCCUAACUCUGUACCACAGUGAUAGUUGGGAUUCCCUAACUCUGUACCACAGUGCUAGUUGGGAUUCCCUAACUCAGUACCACAGUGCUAGUUGGGAUUCCCUAACUCAGUACCACAGUGCUAGUUGUGAUUCCCUAACUCAGUACCACAGUGCUAGUUGGGAUUCCCUAACUCAGUACCACAGUGCUAGUUGGGAUUCCCUAAUUCAGUACCACAGUGCUAGUUGGGAUUUCCUAAUUCA